AGAAGUUGUUGCGAUAGCACACGAUUCUCGCUCGCUUUUAAAAAAGUAUUUCCACACUUCUCACACAAAAAAAAAAGAAUUCUUGGAGUUUACGUGGAGAAGAGAAAUAAAGUUCGUCUUCUUAAGAAUUCAUUUAAAAGAUUGAUGAAAACAAGUGAUCAGUCGUCAUCAGAACAUUAAAUGUUUGGAAUUUUUGCGGAUUCGUCAUGACUAUCACGGGAGUGUAAAAUUGUUUACUUGCUGUGGAUUAUUUGUCGUGAUAACAGAGAGAAAAAAAAUUAUUAUCAUAUAUUUUUAUUACCGCAACGAGAGUGUCUCGACAAGAAGAAAACCAAAUAAUUGAAAUAUGUGCUCAUAAAAUAAAUGAGAAGUUCUAAGCUUGGAAUGUCAGCAAUUGCCACCGCAGAGUGCUUGCUUUGUUGUUGAAAAAAAAAGUUUUUUUGUCAUUAUUUUUUUUUUGAUUAUGGAAAUGUGUCAAUGUAUUUCUACUUCAGUUUUAUAUUUCGGGUGAAGAAAUAAAGAAUAUAAUUUGAAUAUAUUUUCGAGAGUGUAAAACAACAUAAGCGAAGUAAUUUGAACAUCAAAGAACGUUAAGGAACAUCAUUUGGAGACCCAUUUUCACGUCACGCUUCGUUAUAAACUCACUUCAUAACCCAAAGAAUUUAAUAUCAGCCAAUGACUGUAAUAAAUGUUGAAUCAUAGCAUGCCAGUAUCAUCACCCCAUGGCAGAUGAAACAUCAACAGCCUAAUAAACGAUAAUGACGUAUCGAUUUCAAUUUCAUCACAAAGCAUAAAGUGUUGGUGAAUGAAAUUCUAAGAAAAGUAAUUUGAAUCAUUGCUUUUGUUUUCAUUCAAUAAAUAUAAAAAAUUCUUUAACAAAGCUCAGCUCGUGUUCUUUGUUGUUAUCCAAUUAUAAAAGGUCAUUCGAGAACACGAAAGAAAGUGGACGAAAAUAAAAUAUAAUAAAAGGUCUCUCGAUGCCAAUCCAAUGAACCUCAAAACAAAUUGUCAAAAACGACAAUCAAUGUUCAACAACAAAGCAGUGAAAGACUGAGAUUCAGAGAAACAAGAAAUAAAUCAAGUGAAGAGAUAAAAAAAAUAAAAGUUGAAGUUUUCGAAAAGAAGAGUGAAAGAAAAUUAUUAAUGAAGAAUUACAUAAAGUGAAGGUUGAAUGAGCAUAAUAAAGUCAUAACAUCGCCAUAUAAUCGCCAGAGAGAAAGAAGGAAAUAUUAAUACGCCAACACCACUCGUGCCCAAUCAAACAACUUCAAGACUGAUGAGAUGAAAUGGAAAACAACGAUCCAUAUGCGGAGCUUGAAAUCUACUUAAAACAAAUAAAUAAUGAAAUCUCUGAAGUGUUUGAUAAGCUUCAUCAUGUGAAUGAAAGCGAGAUACCGUGCAAAGUCAGCGAUAUGGUGGACAACAUUGAAUCACCGCAACCAAAGCCUAUCGUGAAAGACAAGCCCAACCUACGAAAGCUUGCUGAUGUCGUUAAAUCCAAGCGCAGUGAUAUUAGUGAAUGGAAUUCAUUGGCCCAGUUUGAGAAACUUGUCAAAUUGGAAAUGGAAAAUUUAGCUGCCGCCAAAAACUACCAACAGACGAAUGGAACAACAACACCCGUGUCAAUGCAAUGGAACAACAACAACAUUCUGAAACCGGAAAAACAUGUAACGAUUCCACUUCAGUCUUUCGCAAAUAAAGCCAAAUGCAUCACGAAUAUUAAUAACUGUCUAAAGCCUUCGAUUCAAAUAAAAUCCUCUUCCCCUAAAUCGGAUGAGUGUAUCAAGAGCAUUAGUCAAGCCGUCACACCAGGAACCAUAUCAGCAGCAACAACAACAACAGCAAUAACUAAAUCAACAACGACUAAGACGACAUCAACAACCACAACGAAUGCGAAAGUAAAAGAUGGAUGGUCUUCAGAUGAUUCGAUACUUAAGAGCAUCGAUGAAGAUAAUAAAUCGACGAGUUCGACAGUUUCUUCAUCGUCAGCAUUUGAAGACUCGACGAACAUGUAUUCAGAGAAGUCUGAAAGUUCGAUGAGCUCGAUCAACAUCUUGAGCAAUAAAGUCAAUGAAAAUGGCAAAGUUGACACGAAGAAAACUGUCGAUGACAACAGAACAAAUGACGAAGAUGACUCUUUGGAAGUGCUUAGUUCAUAUGACAAUGACUCGGGGAACGAUGAGGUCGACGAGAAAGGCGAUCGUUUCAAUAGCUUUAGCUACAGUUCAUCCGAUUCGAGAUGCGAUAAGAAGCGUCGUAACUAUUUUAAUAGCUUGCCUUUGAUGCGCGCCAAGAAGCACAAUGCCAAUUCAAGUUUCAACUCUAUGAAGCGGAAACACUUAAACAACUCAGCAAUUGAUCAGGAGCCGUUUCGAGAAGACUUGAAGGCAAUAAAUCUCCCGUCGCCAUCACCGAGUUGCGGAUCGUGGUCGAGUGAUUCUAAUAUGCUACAGCAAAAUCUGAGCUGCACAAAAUCGAGCUCCGUGCCGAUACUGGUGAAGAAAGAUCAAUUUCUUGAAGAUUUUAACAAAUUAACGUUGAAAUGGUUUUUUAAUCGACUUUCGCGAGUUGGUAGGCUGGGGAAGACGAUGAAAAAUAUGUUCGCCACAAUUCAUAUUUCAACUAUCGUGAAUAAUCCCACAAUAAAAUUUCCCGUUCAACGUCAAAAUGAUACAUCGAGAGUUGAAGUUGCUUGUCCAUUUAUUAACUGA